UAUUUAUUUCCAUGGAAACUACAACACAAUAACACUAUUCGAUAGAGCAAAGUCUCAGCUACAAACAGUAUUUUUCAGUGUAGUCACCAUCAUUAGCUAUGCAUUUGUGCUAAUAAAAAUCUACAUGGCCAUCCGGAAUGUGGCUUGACUUUCAUGUUGCUGUCACCAAAGGGACAUCAGAAUUAAACAUGAGGAAAAAGAAAGUAAUUUCCCUGAAUGAAAAUAGGUAGACAAAGCUCAACUGAACUGUGGGAGUAUAAACCAUGCUAAGGAGACAACAUGAUAUUAGUAUUCAGCAGGUCCCCGACUAUUCACUGACAGUGCUAUGUUUCAGUGUGGUGUCCCCCUGCUGAAUUAUUAAGAAACCAAGGAUAUUUCUGUAGGUUAUUCUUUUACAUUCUUUGUAUAAUACUGUAGAAUUUUUGAAGAAGAGGGAAUUGAUGAUCUGAGAUACACAUUCUAACAUUCAGCUGAAAUAAAUAGAAAGUGGCAUAAAAAAAAAGACAAUGAAGUCAUAAAGCAGAAAAUGAAAGUGGUAAGUGUAAAAGCGUACACAAGGGGGAAAACCUUAAAAACCAAAAAAUGAUGAAAGAAAACUUCUCCCACAGAAUAAUUAAAUUUCAAGAUUUUGAAGAAACAGGAGCCUAUGAAAGACCUUCAAAGCAAUCCAGCCUAUCACUUUGGAUUUAUGCAGGAAAGGAGAAGCAUAGCAGCUUAUCUUUAUCAUGUACACUUUUGGCUUGAUACAAAUUGGCCUCAUUCUGUUGUGCACCAUCACCAUCUCAAGUCUUAACUGUAAUCACCUUCCUUUACAGCAAAGAAAAUUGACUGAAAACAGCCUGCAACUUUUGGACAAAAUGGGCAAAAAGUUUCCUCAACAGUGUCUAAGAGAGAAAAUGUCCUUCAGAUUUCCUGAGCAGGUUCUAAAACCCAGACAGAAAGAAACUGUUAAAGUAGCCAUUGAAGAAAUCUUGCAACACAUCUUCUAUAUCUUUAGCAAAAAUCUGACUCUAGCUGCUUGGGAUGGGGCAGCUCUAGAACAGUUCCAAAAUGGACUCUGUCAGCAAAUUGAGCAAUUGGAGGCAUGUGUAAUCAAGAAACAGACUCAAUAUUUUUGGAGUAAAGAAGUCAACAGGCUGAAACUGAAAAAGUAUUUCCAAAAGAUAGACUCUUUUCUUAAAGAGAAACAACACAACCUGUGCUCCUGGGAGAUCAGCCGUGCAGAAAUGAGGAGAUGUCUUCAAUUGAUUGAUAAAGUCAUAAGGAAGCUUUACAACUAAGGAUAUACAUACUCACCUCUCUGCCAGUCAUGGAUGCAAGUUAAAGGAAAUGAUGACAGCUAUAGGUAUCAGGUCUGAAGCUGAAAUACCAGAAAGAAAACCUGCUAACAACUCUACCAAGAUCCAGCACAACCAGAAAGACAAAAGGGGGAGAUCCCACCAAAAAAACCUACAUCUGAAAGAGAAUUUCUCGUGCUUUGUAACUAACAGCACUUGGAAUAGUUCCACAGCCGUUCUGUUAGAAAUCUGAUUUCCACUGCUGUUUGUUUUUUUGCACUUCU